GCCCAAACUGACCCCUUGACUUGACCUCUGAUAGGUCAGGGCUCAGAUUGGAAUACCCCCAAAAAUACAGACCAGUCCAAACCCCCAACAUGUCUUUCCCGGAACACUUCACGUCCCCCUUACCCCCCAGACCAGAAGCCAAACCCCGGCCCCCGAUCUCUAGAAAACCCCCUUCCUCCAAUGGAGCCCCCCCCACCCCCUUCCAGCUCGGAGAGAUGGGCAGCACAGCCCACAAUUCAGGGGGGAAAGUCAACAGCAUUGUGAGUAAGUUCAGCCACCCAGAGACUACACCAACCACCAGUGGAGAUGCUACACUAACCACCAAUCCAACUCUCCGUACCCGGGUGCCCAGGAGGGCCCCCACAGUCAAACCCAAACCAACCCGGCCCUCCGUCCAGCAGUCUGAGGGUCCAGACCAGGCUCCUCCACUGCCCAUGAAUAGGAGCCGGAUCCUGCGGCAGGCCAAAAGAGAGACCCCUGGAGGAGAGGAGGGAAAUGGCAUCACAGUCAGUCGAUCAGCACCUGGCGGAAAGGAGGUAGAGCGAAAGCUGAUUGGAGGAGUGGAAGCAGAGGCGGAGCACAGUUCAGACACGCCCCUUAACCCAUGCUAUGACUGGGAAUGCAGCUGUGUUUGCCACAUCCACAUGCCCGGCAUGAAGCUGGUAUGGGUGCCCAUCGAUGAGGACGAGGAAGAAGAUGAAAAGGAGGAGGAGAUUAGGCUGGCGGCGGAAACGGAGGAGGAAGAGGGUGGAGGGGAGGGGACCUCCUUGGCUAUAAAACACCCCCCCAUCCCCCCUAAACAAACCCAAUCUUUCCCAAGCCAUUUUAAAGUUUCCGUAGAGGAGGAGGAGUCUAUAUAUGAAACUACUCUACUAAUGGUGGAUCCAACACCUAGGAAGAUCUGUCAGGAACUGGACAUUCCCCUUAUCAAGGUUCAGAAACCUGUCCAUUGGUCAAAACUGUCCUCCAGCAACUCGGAGGACAACACUUCGGUCCAGUCCGAUUCGGGAAUAUCCCAAACCCAGACUACUGAGGAUGCCCCCGUGGCUAUUCCACCUCGGGUACCUCUCGCCCAGGACAAGUCCAAAACACCCGGCCACAACCUCAUGCCCAUUCCCAGGGGGGGUAUCGCCUUGCCCCAGCCCACCGCGGAGGAGUGGCGCUCCCUGCGCCCCUCACCCCACAAUCCUUCCGCCAGUCCCAUAGUACUCCACCGGGCGGGCUACAGCGUCCCCCCACCUCAGCCCCCCAAGACAGGCAUCUCCGUCCAUUCCAUCAAGCAAGCUAUAAAAGAAGAAGAGGAGGAUGGCAGUGCUGAAGGAGAGGAGGAGGACACAGAAGAAGACAGGUUCCCGGUGCCCCUCAGGAGAGGAUACUUUGUUGGCUGGGAGUCCAGACAGCUGGAUGUGCCUCUGUACCAGACGUACCGUGCUACCGUCAUCCACAAGGAGAUCCGGCGCCAGACGGUGUGCCGCAACAUCAGCAAGACCAGCGCUGACUACCACAUGGACUGGACCGCACGCCGGGGUGGAGUGGGCAUGGGGUCGGGCGGCGUGGGGGCGGUGGGCAAUGGCAAUGGGGCACCCAGUGCUACUAUUCCGUUACCCACCCCCGGCCAGAGCACCCUAUGGCAGGACCUACCAGAAGUACGGAAAAGUGGGGUGCUGGAGACCCUCAGCCCUGCACAGUGCAAGUACCAGGAGAGUAUGUUUGAGGUGUUGACAUCUGAAGCGUCGUACGUGCGUUCCCUACGCGUUCUCAAUGAACACUUCCUGGAAUCCCGGGAGCUGGAGGAGGUGCUGAUCAUCCGGGACAGGAAGACUCUCUUCUCCAAUGUCCUGCGAGUCCUGGAGGUCAGCGAGAGUUUUCUGAUGGACCUGGAGAACCGUAAGGUAGAGAGUCUGGUGUUCUCCGACAUCUGUGACAUCAUCCAUUUCCAUGCUGAGCACAACUUCCCGGUCUACAUCGACUACAUCCGCAACCAAAUCUACCAGGAUAAGACUUACACCUCCCUCAUGAAAACCAAUGUGGACUUUGCCACGGUCAUCACCCGUCUGCAGGAGUCUCCUCAGUGUCAGAGGCUGCCAUUCAUGUCCUUUCUGCUGCUGCCCUUCCAGCGAAUCACACGCAUCAAGAUACUCAUCGAGAACAUCCUGAAGAGAACAAAUGAAGGGACGAAAGAAGAGCAGACUGCCUCCAACGCCUUGGACUCUGUUUCUAAGAUCAUAGAGGAGUGCAACACCCAGGUGGGAAAGAUGAAACAGGUGGAAGAGCUGAUCCACCUCUCCAAGACGCUGGAGUUUGACAAGCUCAAGGCCAUCCCCAUCAUUUCCCAAACCCGUGUCCUGGAGAAGCGUGGGGAGUUACAGGAGAUGGCCAAAGGGAACACCCUUUUCAACCUGGGUCACAAGUUCACCCCCGUCUACCUCUUCCUCUUCAACGACCUGCUCAUCAUCGCCACCAAGAAGGGUUCAGAGCGUUUCGUGGUGUUGGACCACGCCCACCGCACCCUGGUCCAGGUUCAGCCAAUAGGAGACGACCAGGUCUCCAACCCUAGCUAUGAACACUGCUUCUGUCUGACUCUACUGGAGAACCACCAGGGACGCAUGAUGGAGAGACUGAUGAAGGCCCCUUCACAGUCUGACCUGCACCGGUGGAUAGCAGCGUUCCCUGACCCCAUGAAACCUGAUGGGGACAAGGAGGAGGUUGUCUAUGAGGACUGGGACUGUCCUCAGGUGCAGUGUGUGGAGCAGUAUGUUGCUCAGCAGGCUGAUGAGCUCAACCUAGAAGCCACUGAGAUCAUCAACGUGGUGCGCAAGACCAACGAGGGUUGGUACGAGGGGAUCCGUCUCUCCAACGGACAGAAGGGUUGGUUUCCUGUGGAGAACGCUGUAGAGAUCACCAACGAGCAUGUGCGGCGGCGGAACCUUCGAGAACGCUAUCGGGUCAUUCAGGCCGCCAGCAUUGUCACCAACACCAAGGCCAAGACUACCCCGUAAUGUUGAUGGAACAUCAGGAGAACAUUGAUAGAGACUCCGCAGAAUGUCAGUCGAACGUUUACAUAACGUCACUAGAACGUUGCUGGAAUAUUAAACUGGAUAGGGGAGAGUGAACCAGUGCUUGCCAUGCAUGCUCCCCUGAAGAACUCUUAGCUGGAGACAUAAGGAGCUUUUGGAUCUUAUCAAAUUGUUUGAUCGGCAUGUUUUGUUUUGUUCAAAUUAUUAAUUUGUGAAGUUAUGGGAUAGUGUUUUUUUACGGAACUUUUAAGAACCAGGAAAUUAUAUGUAGUUUGCCUAAUGUUGAGAGAGCGAGAGAGAGAGCGAGAGAGUGUGUGUGCGUGUGAUAGUGUGUGUGUAUGAACCUGCACCUAACCCCACACUGCCAAAGGAAAGCCCCUGCGACAAUAUGUGAGUCAGGUAUACCAUGGCAGCAGGUAGCCUAGUGGUUAGAGUGAUGGGACAGCAACCGAAAAGUCACUGGAUCGAAUACCCGAGCCAAAGUCUUUCAAUGUGCCCUUGAGCAUCGUACUACUAUGGCUAACCCUGUAAAACACAUUUCACUGAACUGGUGUAUGUGACAAUACAAAACAACAUAUAUCAUCAGGUUGGUGGCUAAAAUUGUCUUCAUUAUGUAACACACUGCCAACAGACAAUAAUUAGCCUACAGUAGUCAUCACAGGAAUGCAUUGACAGCCUAUAUUACUCACAAACACACAGUUAGUCACAUACUCCAGUUAACACCAACAUACCUGAGGUACGGGCAGACUAGGAGAACCGGCACAGUAUUUUCCCUCAGAAAUAAGUACACCUAUUUUUUACAGAUGUGGUAUUUGUGUGUGUGUGUGUGUGUGUGUGUGUG